GAGCAUAUCUUUAGGAUAAAUGAGUCUGGGUUCCCUCCUACUAAUGAUAGUGUCAGACAAGUUGUUGGUUCUAAGGGGAAGAAGAUUCAGUAUAAGCAGGGGGGCAGAAAUAGGGAGAAUGUGACUGUACUUGUUACAAUCUGUACAAAUGAGUCUUACCUGAAACCAGUUGUAAUCUUUAAGGGCCAGAAUCUCUAG